UAUCAUUAUCUACGUAUGUAUAGUCAACAAAAGCAACAAGUAGACAGCUGGGAGGAUGGAUGCUGUCGAGUUAUUUAUCGUGUUUUCGUUAUUAUAGUUUAGAUGUAUUGUUUAUAAUGGUUUUCUGAUAGAUACGUUUGUUGUGGAAAAGUUUGUGUUUGUGUUUCCGUUCAAAAAUGGAUGAAUCCGGGAUCGACAUGGGCUAUGAUCUCGCCUCUCUUCUGACGAACGAUUUUAAUGUUGAUCAGAAGAUCUUGGAUGAGAUGGCGGCAGCGCAGGAGCACCAGGACUUCAUGUUCUACGAGCUGAAGUCGAAAGCAGUGCCGAUCACAGAAAGUCCACCGACGUUCAAAACGCUGACGCCGACGUCGCGCACGCAGCUGAAGCAGCAGUUAAUGCGAGAGCAUGCGCAAGAGCAACUGCGCAGGGAAUCCUUACAGGCACAGCAAUCAGGCCAAUCCAAAGACAAUGAGGAGAAGAAGAAGUCCUCACCCGCGGAGGUGCCGCGCAUCGCGCCUAAUGUGGAACUACCUCCACAGGUUCUUCAGGUCCGAACCGUUCUGGAAAACCCCACCAGGUAUCACGUGAUCCAGAAGCAGAAGAGCCAGGUCCGACAGUACCUCAGUGAAUCCUUCCAACCACAAACACAGGUGUCGCCGUCGCCACGCAGUGCGCCCGCGCAGUCGGCGCCGGAGCUGGGGCGCCGCGCCGCGUCCCCCGACCGCGCCUCCACCUCCUCGCUGCUCAGCCCCGGGCUCUGCUCUGUGGGCACCACCAACUCAGAGGCUGAUGAGUUCCUAGAGGACAUCCUAUCCCUGGACGGCGGCGCGGGCCCUCUCUCGUCAUCGGGUCCUCCAUCCACGGCCAGCUCGGUCGCCGGGGACUGCGCCCUGCUGUCCGAUGCCGACAUGCACGCCUUAGCAAAAGACCGGCAGAAGAAGGACAAUCAUAAUAUGAUUGAACGACGACGCCGGUUCAACAUUAACGACCGCAUCAAGGAGUUAGGGACGCUCCUGCCGAAGACCAACGAUCCCUUCUAUGACGUCAUCCGUGACGUGCGACCCAACAAAGGCACGAUCCUCAAGAGCAGUGUAGAUUACAUCAAGUGCUUGCGAGAUGAAGUCAACAGGCUCAAGCAGAGCGAGCAGAGAAGAAAGCAGAUAGAGCUGCAUAAUAGGAAGCUGAUGCUGAGGAUACAGGAAUUAGAACGUCUAGCCAAACUGCACGGACUGCCGGUGUCGAGUAGCGACAGCGGCGGCUGGGCGUCGCCGCACACCGACGACUCCGGCGUCGAUACCGCGAGCAGCUCAGAGCCACACGCGUCGCCUGCGCACGCCUCCACCCCUGAGGUGAUCCUGCCCAAGACGGAGCCGGCGCCGCUGAUGGAGCUGGGUGAGCCGCCGCCCGAUCUGCUGCGGGACAUGCCGCCCGGGGAGUGCCUGUCCGCGCUCGACGCAUUAGAUGGGCUGAAGCUGGGCUCGUGUUCUCCACUCAGCCGCGACGAGGGCCUGUCGCUGGGCUGCCUGGAGCCCGACCUGUGCCUGGAGCCCGUGCCCGAUAACCUCUUCAGCCAUAAAGACAUUAAGAUGCGGCUGUCGCCUUCGCCAGGGCUCCUGGGCGGCAGCGAGAGCGACGCCGUGCUCAACCUCGCGCAGAUCGAAGACCUCAUGGACGACGACUCGCACAACCCCGUCACGCAGGGUGACCCCAUGCUGUGUUCAUCCCCGACCUCCCAGCUGUGCCUCAGCGACGUGGUAGCAGACGCUGCCGACCGCUCCAUGGCCAUGCUGCAUGACGAGGCUUCUUACAGCACGCACGCGCCAGGUAAUAUUGUCAUCAUCGUCUUCAUCAUCAUCAUCAUCAUCAUUAUCAUCUCCCAGCUGUGCCUCAGCGACGUGGUAGCAGACGCUGCCGACCGCUCCAUGGCCAUGCUGCACGACGAGGCUUCUUACAGCACGCACGCGCCAGGUUAA